CAACUAACUCAUUUAACCCUAACCCUUCCCACUAUUACGUAUCUCUUUCAACUUCACACAUCUUGGAUUCUUGGAUUCUUGGCUCAGAUCAUCUUCAAACCUCCAAAAGCCCUCUUGAAUCUUUCAAUUCAGAGAUGAGUGGCACGGCAAACAAGGGCUAUUGUCUCUGGCCAUGGAAACCCAUGGCUGAGUAUCGACCCGUUGACCCGAAACACCAGCUUAUGCUGCUGGGCCACCCACACAACUGGCCGAGACCGCAUCACACAAAUGCAACUGCUCUCCCGGAUCAUGAGUCGCUCAUCUACAGACCUCGUUCUCGUCACAUUUUCGUCUAUCAUUCCCGGCGGUUACGCACGCUGCAUUCGGGUGAUUGAUCCAGGCUGGUCGCCUGGUCGGUAUCAUUCACACCAAUUCAGUUGGCCCUCAUGGUCCCCCACGGAAAAUAUUCAUGUCGCUAGCGAUCUAUAGAUCACGCUCUUUCCUUAUCAUGAACAACGACCUCUCUCGGACCCAGAAACAGACAGUUCUCCACUGACUUGAUGAUGACUUGGUCAUCAGGCCAGCCGGGACAGGCAGGCCCGGCUCUCCAGAAUUGGCCUGUUCCACAUAUGAUUCACAUUAUUGUAGGUUGACUGCGGACAGCUAGAGCUGCCAAAUAUGGCUGUGUAGGUGGUCAGUAGAUCCAAGCCUAUAUCAACACAUCGUCCCCCCAACGCGGGCAUGGGCAUCCCAUGCCUCGGUUUUGGUCUCGUCAAACAAGGAUGAAGCCGACAAGCAUGGAUUGUGUCUAAAACAUUUUUUUUUGAGAACCGUAAAGCUUUGACAAAGAAACUCUUGCAUUGUUUUUGUUUGUUUCAACUCUUUAUGCAGUUUGUUUACAUUCACCGAGCACUGAAUCAGGAGCUUUGUCACAAAAGCUGUCCCUAGCUUACCCCUCUUCAGUUCACCCCCUGAAUCACCGGUGGCGAUGGCACCCUCGCGCAGUGCCAGUGCGAGUGCCAGCGUAACGUUUGAGCAGCCUCCUUCACGCCUGGUAAAGCGCAGUACCACUGCCGGACCCAGCGUUUCGUUUGCCCAGCCAGCUACAGGUAAACGUUCGGCUGGGCAUAGCAUCAUCGGCAAGCCAAGUGUUGUCUCUUUUGAGCAGCCUCCUCAACGACGCCCGGUACCGCAACACAAGCAUCACCAAUCUCUUCCAGCUUACCCAGCCUACCCUACCCACGCGGUAGAGCUAGACAGCAAGGAGAUCGGCCGCGCCUUUUCCACCUCCAUCCCUUCAACAACAUGGACAUCCUCUCCCCAGCCCAUAGAGCAAGGUAAACUCUGCCCUCAACUCCUUCCAAGAGAAACCGGCGGCCUCUACGGCGUGUGCAUCUCAGAGCUCCUCGACAACGGCACCACCAUCCCCCUCGAACCCUCCGGCGGCCGAGCCUGGGUAGUCUCCUCCGUCGUCGACCUCGGCAUCCGAAUGCUCGAAAGCCCCCGAGGACGCCAAGCCCUCUCCAACCUCGCCCAGAAAUCCCUCCUUGUCUGGCGCGAACGCCCCAUCUCCCACCAUGAACCCCCCCUCCCCAAAAAAAUCAACACCCCCUCCGCGGUAGACGACUUCCUCUACACCGUCCGCCACAACCUCCCCCUGAUCAAACUCGACCCAAAACGCAACGGCUUCCUCGCCUGCUCCUCCACCACUUCUCUCUUCCACCUCCCCCCUUCCUUCUCGAGAUUCAACCCCAAAAGCGCUGCCAUCCUCCACCUCAAUACCCACCUCGUCACCAAACUCUACCACUCCCGCCUCAAGUCAGACAUAUCCCGGCGCCACAAACGGUUUGACGCCUCCGAAGCCCAAACAGCCCGCUUCAGAAGAUUAGCUUUCCAUAUUGCAGCAAUGGUGACGCAUCACCUGUGCCACCUCUUUGUCAACUACCUCCGCGAUCACGCCCAGGAGGGGGAGCUGAGAGAUAAAGUCACAGACGCUGAUUUCAUGAGGCUCGUGACAAGAUAUGAUCCUGGGGCGGAGUGGGAGGUGGAAUUUUUUGGGGGGAGGCCAAAACUUUUUGUUGAUUGGGAUGGGGGUGAUGACAAAAGCGAAAAGGGGGCGAGUUUUGUGAUAAAGAGAGGGGGAGGGAAAAACGGGAGGAGGAUGGCGGCUGGGGUGGCGGGGUACAAGGUCGAGAGUUAUUUGGGUGGUGAUUUCUCUGUACCGCUGAUUACCGAGGUGGAAGGAGAUGUUUUUCCUAUGGAAAAGUAUCAGGAUGUCAAGAGAAGGUAUGGGGGUUCGAGGUUGACGGAUUGUCACCAUGGGGGGAAGAAGGUCAGUCGUAGUAAGGAGAAUAGUCCUAGUGUUGGGAGUGAGGCGGAGGGGCAAUUUGGUGAGGGGAAAGGGCAGGAGAUUGGAUCACGGGUGGCGGUGAUGGAUCAACCGUUGGGCUUGCCAUGGAAUAUUCAGGGGCAGGAAUACCAAUUGUUGAAGCAGGCUUGCUUUGAUCCUGCGGUGAGGGUUGUUAGUCCGAUGAGGGUUAGGACUAUGAUGUGAUUUACUGUAUUAUAAAGUUUUCUAUUCUUGGUUGUAUUAUUAGACUGGGGGUGUUUCAGCUAGAGGAUGUACGAGUUGGGCAGUUUGAUUUUAUACAAAAUUCACCAUCAUGCUU